AUGUAAACGGAAACAAAACUGCUACCAUUUAUAGAUUUCCAUCCUAUAAAUUGUAGCGAUUCUAAUGAAAAAAUUAAGGUUGUCGUCAGAUUUAGAACAAAUGACUCCAAGGAUAUUGAUAGCAUUUAAAUUAAAGAAGAUGGUAAAUCAGUCACAAUUAAAAGAAACGAAAACUUAAGAAAAAGCUAAACACUCACCCAUAGAGGCUCGAUAAGGGGAGUAUCUAUAGAUCCUAAUAUUUAAUAAAAAACUAAAUUUUUUACAUAUGAUGCAGUUACUGACAAAGAAGAUCAAAAAUUUUUUUAUGAAAGUUAUGCCAAAGAUAAUGUAAUAGCAUUUUUAAAAGGAUAUAAUAGCACAAUUCUUGCUUAUGGAUCAACAGGAAGUGGAAAAACAUUCACAAUUGUUGGUGAUGAGUCGAUAGAAUCUAAGAUAUUAAAAAGCAACUUUCAAGAUAGCUUUGAAUAAAAAGAAAAGUAUGGGAUUUUACCUAGAAGUAUAUAAACAAUUUAUGAUGAACUAGAAAAAGCGCAUGAGAAAGGAAUAAAGUAUUAAUUAAGAUGCAGUUACUUAGAAGUUUAUAAUGAAGAACUAACUGAUAUGCUGAGUAGGAGUGGAUAAAACCAAGCAAGUAAAAAGCCAAUAAUUUAAGAAUGUCCUAAAAAGGGGAUAGUCAUUUAGAAUAUGGUUGAAGAGCCUGUUAAUUCUUACAAAGAGAUUAUGAAAUGCCUUUAAAAAGGCUUAGCCAAUAGAAAAGUUUGUAUAACUCAAGAUAACAGUAGAUCAAGCAGAUCUCAUACUAUUUUUAUGUUGAAUCUAGAAUAAAUUUAGUUAGAUUAGACCUAAAUUUUAUCUCGUCUUUGCAUAGUAGAUCUUGCUGGAAGUGAAAAACUUUAAUCAAAUCAUAAGAAUAGGCUAUAAGAAACUAAAAAUAUAAAUACAAGUCUACUUACUUUAGCUAAAUGUAUAACUCAUCUUUCUAAAGCGCAAGAUAAGAACGAGAAAAAGCAUGUUCCUUUUAGAGAAUCUAAGCUCACGCGUAUUUUAAAAGAAAGUUUAGGAGGUAACUCUAAAACUACUUUGAUAUGUGCUGCUAGAUUUUCAGAUAGAUUUCAAGAGGAAACAAUUUAAACCUUAAGAUUUGCAAGAGAAGCAAAAAAAAUAUAAAAUGAACUUGCUGUUAAAAUAGUUUACACUGAAGAGUAGCUUCUUGAACAAAUAUAAAAAUUAAAAUAGGAAAAUGAAAUGCUGAUCAACCAGAUAUUUAAUUUAAAAAAAUAAUAUAGCCAAGAUUAAGCAAAUAAUCUAGAUUUAAUUAGCUAAAAUUUAACAGCUACUUCUGCAAAUACAAUAGAAUAAAUAAAUAAAAAUAACAAAGAUACUCUAAAAAAUGGGUAGUCAAAUAAUUUAAAAUCUAGAAAUGAUAUCGGAUAAUAAAGCAAAUAAACAUCAAUGGGUAUUGAUCAAAGUAUAUUAGCUAAGCAAUAUUAAGAGCUUAUGAGCUACAAAAUGAGAUAUGAUUCACUUAAGAACUCCUCAGAAGAAUAAAUAAUGAAGCUGAACAAAGAAAUUCAGUUUCUUAAUUAAUAACUGGCAAAACCAAGUGAUCAAAUGAUUUAAGAAAUAGAACAAACAAUCUAAAAACUCUCUUCUAAAUAUUAUCAAUAAGAAUAAGAAAUUUAAUAGGAAAAAAAAAUAAUGAGAGAUGUAUAGAAAGUACUUGCAGAGACUUAGACCUCUCCAAUGAUGAAAAACUAAAAUGACUUUUAGAUUUCUACAGAAGAUGAAGAAGCUGCUAGAAAUAGUGAAGAUAGUACUGGCUGUCGUUAUAUUGAAUGUAUUAACAACAAGCUUAAAAUUAAAAAGUUUGAAAAUUUAUUUGUGGAGUUUGAAAAGCAGUACUCAAAACUUUACUUAGAAAAUUAAUAAAGCAGAAAUAUUCUAUAAGAGAUAAGUUAAAGGCUGAAAGGAAUUAAUGUAAAUGACUUUAAUAUACUUAACGAAAGCCAAUAUUAGAUGUCAAGAGAUCAUGACAGCUUAGUAGAUAUUGACGAUAAAUCAUAUAAUGAUGACUAGCUAUUUACGAAGUCUUAUGAUGAAUAAUAAGAGGAGUUGUUUUUAAAUAAUCUCAACAAAGAAAUAAAUGAAUUUGAAAAAUAAGAUAGGUAAAUAUAAGAAAGCAUAUAGCAAUUUAGUGCUAAACUUAACAAAUUUAAGGUUAUGAACUAAAGGUGUGCUGUUGAAAAAAAUGUUAACGACUUUGACAGCUUUUAUAAAAUCUAAACCUAGUCAGACACAAUUAUUCCUCUUAAUUUAAUAGAAGAAUUAGGAAUUUAAAGUAAACAUGAUGAGGAAAUUAGGAGUCCAAUUUCUUCAAUUUUACCAUUCGAGAACAGAGGAUCUAGCAGAAGAGAUAAAAUGAAAAUGUAUAAAAAUGGUUUAAAUUCAAGUUAUUAUGGCGAAAAAACUCCAUAGAGCAUUUUCAAGCCUUACAACAGCUACUUCAAUUAAUAAGAGAUAACUCCUUCGAAUAGAUUGAAUUAAAGUUAUAUGAGCAAUUCUUCAAAGUUCUCAGAGGUUUUAGAUCAAAAUCUAGCUGAUAUCGAUUUAAGUAGAAUAGAAAAUUCUAAUUACGAUGAUUAUGAAGAUGAUAAUAUAAGUGAGAAUUUAUAUGGAAAUCAUAAAUAUUAAAACGGAAAUUAAAAACCUCCUCACUAAAAGUAAUUGUUCUAAGAAGAAAACAUUGAUAUUUUGAAUAUGAGUGAUAUAACUCAGACAAAAAGACCUCUUUAAAAGUAAAAAAGUAUGAAUUUAUCACAUAACAAUUUAAGCUUUUACAACGAAAGUAGUGAAUCUCCCUAAGUAAGCAAGCUUAAUUCUAGUGAUAUAUUUGGGAUUAAUAGAAAACAUUCUAUCCAUAUUGGAAGACAAAGUCUUAAAUUAAAAAACCGAGUUGCAAUUAGUUCAAAAAAUUAAUGA